CAGACGGUAAACCUCAUUCAAACGAAGAUCUUAAAAUGAGACGGUUAAUUGUUGUUUUCCUUUGUCUGGUUUUUAUUAAUGCAAAAAAUACUUGUGACGACGGGUGGAUUGGCUAUAGAGGCUCAUGUUACUUGUUUGGUCAUGGCUUACAUACAUUCACAUCUGCUGAGCAAUACUGUCGCCAGCACAACGGUCAUUUGGUUCAUGUAAAUAAUAUUGAAGAGAAUGCUUUCCUCAAGGACCAAAUGAGAGACAGGAAAGACCAGCCAAGGUGGCUAGGCAUUACAGACGAAGGGUCGGAAGGAGUUUGGCAUUGGUUUGAUACAAACACUCUUGCUGAAUUUAAAGACUUUCAUCCUGGUGAUGGUGGCAACCAUAACAUCGAAGACUGUGCAUUCUUUUCCAAUGGCUAUGACUACCAGUGGGCAGAUGUUGCUUGUAGUGGAAACGUUUUACCCCUCUGUGAAGCCAGAUCGAGUGACUGUGAAGAUCCAGUCGUAGUAGGUUGAAAUAUAUUGUUUAUGCUCUUCAAGACAUCGAAUAAAAUGCUAUUGGAA